UCCAUAUUCCUUUUGGCGCGGUUGAUGCGGUGAGCGCUGGUUGCUGCGAGUUUUGGACCCGGCUGCAGUCGGUAGUGCCCCAACCGUCCCCCGCCUGCGCGGUCGGGGUUCCCCGCCUCCACUGAAGGACGGGACCAUGGAAGACAAACCAGUGGUAGUAUCCAAACAGAAGACAGAAGUGGUAUGUGGCGUGCCCACCCAGGUGAUCUGCACGGCCUUCAGCAGCCACAUCCUGGUUGUGGUGACCCAGUUCGGGAAGAUGGGUACACUAGUCUCCUUGGAGCCCAGCAAUGUGGCCAAUGACAUCAGCAAGCCAGUGCUGACCACAAAGGUCCUCCUCGGGCAGGACGAGCCUCUCAUCCAUGUCUUUGCGAAGAACCUGGUAGCGUUUGUAUCUCAAGAAGCAGGAAACAGAGCCGUCCUCCUGGCCCUGGCUGUGAAAGACAAGAGCAUGGAGGGCCUGAAGGCCUUGAAGGAGGUGAUCCGGAUGUGCCAGGUGUGGUGACCUGCAGUCAGCAGGACAUGACGGUCGGACAUGACAGGUGGACGCUCGGCGGGGUUUGUGAGACCCAUCUUUCCAGCGCCAGGACAGUCAGGUGGAGGCGCAUUCUCUGGCUUUAGCCCUUGAAGCCGGAAACAGCAUUCAGAUCUCAGGGGACUCUCCCCGUGUGGCCGCUGUCUUCCACCUGCAGCCCUGGAAACGAGUCUGGGCCGCAGCAGAGGCACCUGCGGCGUGGAAAUCCGCAGCCGGUUCUGGGGACUGGCGGCCGUCAGUGUGUGUGCAGCAGCACUUGUGAGGAGACUUUUUCAUUAAAAGUAAACCUAAACUGCC